AUGAUGACUUCUAAGUUUGAUAAAUCAUUUCUUUUAUAUAUACAGUCAUGGCCAGAAAUAGCUAAGUUCCAGAAUAAGCCCUUUCCCCUCUACGAUAAGCUUGGUGAUCUGUAUGGUGGGCAUAUAGCAGAAGGUAACUUCAACUUCACAUCAACUGAGGUUACAAAAGUGAGUGAUGGUGAUCUCGAAGUUGAAAGAGAGAAGACUGCCUUCUCUUUUGACCUGAAUCAAUACGGUGAUGAUUUACACAUGUAUGAUGAUCCAAGAGAUGCCGCCCCAAGUGAUGGUCCAAGUGAUGCUGCCCCAAGUGAUGGUCCCAGAGAUGAUGCCCCAAGUGAUGGUCCAAGAGGUGGUGCUGCUACAUCAAGCAACAAGCAUGUGAAGGAAUCAAAGAAGGGUAAGAAGCGUGAUGAUCCUAUGGUGGAAGUGAUGGCACAAUAUGUGGAGAUCAAACGAAAGCAAGCGAAGGAGGAGUCUGCUCUAUUGGUCGGGGCAAAAAAUGCGCAAGAAUUCUCCAUCAGCAAGUGCAUUGCUAUCUUUCUUAAUUCUGUCGCCGAAGAUGAAGAGAGUGAUGCAGUGUUUCUUCGGAGCGAAAUGGCAGAGUUGACUCAAAGCAUCUAA